UUUUUUUCUUUUGGGUAAAGAUAAAAAAAUCUAACAGGGAAAAAAAAGUGAAGAGACGGGGUGCUCCCUUCGCUCUCCUGCCUUUUUCCAGUUCAACUCGUUAGGGUUUCUGUGGAGCUGCGCUUCCAGUUUCAGAGUCUCAUAGUUGCGUCGAUCGAAAAAGCGUAAAUGGAAAACGCCGACUCUGAUGAACCAGAGAAGAAGAGGCCUCAUUUGAACUCCGUCUCCUCCGACAUGGCCAGAAACUCCACAACUUCUUCCGAAAACAAAAACGUUGAUGCAGCAGUUCUCCAGUAUCAGAAUCAAAAACUUGUGCAGCAGUUAGAUGCGCAGAAGCAAGAGUUGCAUGAUCUUGAAGAUAGAAUUAAAGAGUUUAGAAACAACCAAACUUCUUACGAUGACAUGUUGAUCACAGUGAACCAGCUGUGGAAUCAGGUGGUUGAUGAUUUGAUCUUACUUGGAAUACGAGCAGGGGGAUGCCAUAAUUCUCUACAAACCUUAUAUCAUGCAGACCAUUCUCGAGGUUCAAUUCCAUCAUGCCCUGCGGAAGAUAUAUUUCUUUGUAGACUUCUAGAAGCAGAUUCUGUCCAAAGCAGUGAUAAUGAUGAAAUCGUCAAAUGUGUUCAAGAAGCUCUUGCCUUGCGCCAUUCCUCUACACUUGAGUUGAUGAAAUUCUUGGAAGAUACCAUUGAUGAUCAGAGAACCAAAACUGAGAACAUAGCUCAGGCUUUGCAUGGAAAGCUGUCUGCAGAAGAUGCUAUUAUUCAAAUGUGUAAGAUUGAUGAUUUGAUGAAAGCCGAGGCUAACAAUCUGCACGAGGCAAUUGAUCGUCUUCACUUGAAGCAUAACGAAUAUGCUGAUGGGAUUCAAGCCUACAUUGACAGCAAUUCAGUGGAUCAACGCGAGAUUAAACGCCUUGCAGGUGAGUUGGAAGAGAGCAUGGCAGAACUUGAAGAAAGUCGAAGAAAACUGGUCAAUCUGAAAAUGCAAAAGGAUGCAGCAUCUAGGACGCAUGCCUCAGCUGCAGUUGCAGUUAAUGGAAAUGUAUCACCUGAAAAACCUCUUGACAGGACAAUGAGUUUGCGGGAGUUGAAAGAUUCAACUGAGGAAGUGAAGAUACUGGCAGCCAAUCGCUUUUCCGAGCUUCAGGGUACACAGGAAGACAUUCUAAACCUGUCAAAGCAAUUGCAUGAUCUUCAGAACGAACUGAAGGAUGACAAGUACAUACAUUCAUCACGACCCUACACUCUGCUAAAUGAUCAGCUUCAACAUUGGAAUGCUGAAGUGGAGCGAUACAAAGCACUGACAGACUCUCUCCAGGUUGACAGGUCUAAUGUCAUGCAAAGAGAGAAGGAACUUAAUCUAAAAGAAGAGUCUGUGGAUGCUGCUAGGAAUGCUAUUGACAACACCAAGUUGCGGAUUCAAGAGCUAGAGCUUCAGCUGCAGAAGUGUAUCCUUGAAAAAAAUGAUCUUGAGAUUAAAAUGGAAGAAACUGUCCAGGAUUCAGGAAGAAAGGAUAUCAUGGGAGAGUUCCGAAUCAUGGGUUCAGCUUUAUCCAAAGAAAUGGGAAUGAUGGACGCUCAGUUGAAUCGCUGGAAGGAGACUGCUCAUGAAGCACUUUCCCUGCGUGAAGAAGCAGAGUCACUAAAAGCUUUAUUAAGUAGAAAGGAUUGUGAACAAAAGAGCUUAGCUGGUAAAUGUAAUGAACAGAUGGCUGAUAUCAAAUCUCUUAAGGCACUUAUUGAGAAGUUGCAGAAGGAAAAAUUGGAACUGCAAAUCUUCUUGGACAUGCAUGGACAAGAAAGUUAUGACAACAGAGAUGUGAUGGAAAUCAGGGAAUCAGAGCGCAGGGCUCACUUGCAAGCUGAAGUUUUGAGGAGUGCUUUAGAUGAACAUAGUUUAGAAUUGAGAGUGAAAGCUGCUAAUGAAGCUGAGGCAGCUUGCCAACAAAGGCUUUCUGCUGCUGAGGCCGAGAUAGCUGAUCUAAGGGCUAAAUUGGAUGCUGCUGAGAGGGAUGUUUUAGAGCUAACAGAAGCCAUUAGAAUGAAAGAUGGGGAGGCAGAGGCAUAUAUUACUGAAAUUGAGACUGUUGGUCAAGCAUAUGAAGAUAUGCAGACACAGAACCAGCAUCUUUUGCAGCAGGUGACAGAGAGAGAUGACUACAAUAUCAAGCUGGUUUCUGAGAGUGUAAAGACGAAGCAAGCACAGAGCUCUCUACUCUCUGAGAAGCAGGCUUUAGCAAAGCAACUUCAACAAGUAAAUGCAUCACUAGAAUCUGUAAAAAGCAGGAUCACCCACUGUGAAGAGCAGAUGAAAAUUUGCAUGUCAGAGGCUGUAAAAUCUACUCAAGAUGACAGACACCUUGCUGUCAACCUGGAAACAGCGAAGUGGGAACUGGCUGAUGCUGAAAAGGAGUUAAAGUGGCUAAAAUCUGCUGCCACCUCUUCUGAGAAGGAAUAUGAGCACAUCCGGAGGAAAAUAGAUGACAUCCAAUUGAAAUUGGACAAUGAAAGGAGUGAGAGGAAGAAGCUUGAGGAAGAGCUCGUGGAAAUGAAUAACAAGGUUGCUGAGAUGAGUUCUGAAAGUGGGGAAGCUGCGAUACGGAAGCUCCAAGACGAAGUCAAGGAUUGCAAGGCUAUUCUCAAGUGCGGUGUGUGUUUUCACCGGCCAAAGGAGGUUGUAAUUGUGAAGUGCUAUCAUCUGUUUUGCAACCCAUGCAUCCAAAGAAACCUUGAAAUACGCCAUCGGAAGUGCCCUGGUUGUGGAACUGCAUUUGGGCAGAAUGAUGUUCGGUUUGUAAAGAUUUGAACAUUCUUCCCGUCUUUAUCAAUCGACCUCCUUUUGAGCCAAAGAGCACACCCCUCCCAUCAGGACAGUGCAGGUUUGAAGCCUCUGUUCUUGGAUUUGUUCUGAUGAGAGCUCACAUGGCUUAUUUUAAUUAUUUCGUGUAUUGCUUUCCCAAAUCUUGGUUGCAUGUGCUUGAUCCUUUGGAUUUCCCACUCUUCAAUGGCAUUGAUACUGUUUGUACAGCUCCGCUUGACAAGAUUGUUGUACUUGACACUGAUCUCUUGUGUAUAAAUGAUUUUGAGGCAGAAGAAUAUGCUUGUUCAUGUUUACUUGUA